UCCUAGGCCGCUUUGCACUCUUGAUCUAAGGAUGUGCUUCUCGCAAUGUCUUUGCUGUAAGAAACACUCUGCUGAUCAGCAAAGAUCCCUCACCACUCUCGUGGGAAUGCUAUUACUGGUAAUGAUAUGGCAUUACGUAGGCCCAGUUAGUGACUAUCCUCCACACUUGAAUAUGCUCCUUGCGGUUAUCUCUAUAUCUCUUCCUCUCGGUCAAAGUCACUCAUUGUGGAUCCAUCGAUGAGUGAUCUGGUGGAGCUUCUGGUUCCUGACACGGAAUGGUUUACUCCGCCUAGCUAGACCUAGAAUCCAACCCAUUGCACG